UCUCUCUUCACUUCAAAUUGCUGCUGGUCAAUGACUGCUUGGACUUUGGUCUUGGUGAGUUUUCCACCCAUCUGCACUCUCCAAGUUCAUACAUACAUGCGUGUAUAUAUAUAGAGAGAGAGAGUAUGCAUUAAGAAAGGUAAGAAUCUAUAUCCUUGUUACCCUUUGGAGGAGAAUGAUGAAAGGUAACUUUCUCUUGCCAUUAACCUUGCUCUUGUGUUUCUUGUUUUUAGAACAAAACACUGGUCUUGUUGUUUAUGCUUUGAAUUCUGAUGGGGAAACCCUGUUGUCUUUGUUACCUCACUGGUCAGCCUUACCUUCUUCUUUAACCUCUUCAUGGAAUGCUUCUGAUCCAAAUCCAUGCAAAUGGGUUGGUGUUGAAUGUGAUUCUAAAACCCAUAAUGUCCUUACACUUAACCUUACAAACUUUGCCAUUUCAGGCCAAUUGCCACCUCAAAUUGGUGCUUUACACCAUUUGAACACCCUUGAUUUGAGCAACAAUAGGUUCUUUGGUCCAAUACCCUCAGCUUUGGCCACUUGUGGUUCCCUUCAAUACUUGGAUUUGUCUAACAAUGAACUCAUUGGACCAAUACCUAAUACUUUCAAUUCCUUGCAAAAGCUGAAUUACUUGAACUUGUUUUCCAAUUCCUUGAGUGGUGAAAUACCAGAAACAUUGUUUCAUGUUACUGGUUUGGAGUACGUGUAUUUGAAUAAUAACAACUUGAGUGGUUCAAUACCUAUGAAUGUUGGUAACUUGAGCGAGCUUGUAGCUUUAUAUUUGUAUGAAAAUGGGUUGAUAGGUACCAUACCAGAGUCAAUAGGGAACUGUAGUGAACUACAAGAACUUCUUUUAGAUGGGAACUAUUUUGUUGGGGGUUUGCCUUCCAGUAUUAUGAAUCUCCAGAACUUAAUGUCUUUGUAUUUGAGUCACAACAGUUUCAAUGGUGAAAUCCCAAGUCCUACCAAGUGUAAAAAUUUGAGUGUUUUGGAUUUAUCAUUCAAUAGUUUCAAUGGGGGGAUACCACCAGGGUUAGCCAAUUGUAGCAGCUUGACUGAGCUGGUUAUUGUACAUAGUAACUUAACAGGUUAUAUUCCUUCUUCAUUAGGCUUAUUAGAUCAGCUUUUAAAGCUUGAUCUUUCUGAAAACCAUUUAUAUGGUGAAAUCCCAUUUCAGCUUGGGAAAUGUAAGUCUUUGAAACAGUUAUUAUUGUAUGAUAAUCAACUCAAAGGUGAAAUCCCAAAUGAAUUAGGGAUGUUAAGUGAGUUGAAUGAUCUUGAGUUGUUUAUGAACCAUUUGAGUGGUGAGAUUCCUAUUAGUAUUUGGAGGAUUCCAAGCUUAGAGUAUUUACUUGUUUAUAAGAACAACCUAACAGGGGAAUUGCCUUUAGAGAUCACUGAGUUCAAGCAAUUGAAAAACAUUUCGUUGUACGAUAAUCGUUUCUUCGGGGCCAUACCUCAGAAUUUGGGGAUCAAUGCUAGUUUACAGCAGUUGGAUUUCACAAACAAUAUGUUCAGUGGUACAAUCCCUCCAUUUCUUUGCUUUGGAAAGAAGUUAAGGGUGUUGAAUUUGGGUCAAAAUCAGCUUACCGGCAGUGUAACCGAUGAUAUCGGAGGCUGUAAAACUCUGUGGAGAUUGAUCCUUAAGCAGAAUAACCUCAACGGUGUGCUGCCCGAGUUUGCAGAGAAUACAAAUCUUGUACACAUGGAUAUUAGUGAAAAUAACAUCUCCGGUCCAAUUCCAUCCAGCUUGGGGAACUGUAGAAAUCUUACUUCUAUAAAUUUGUCCAUGAACCGGUUCACGGGAUUUAUACCUUCGGAGUUAAGCAACCUAGUAGAUCUUCAGACUUUGAAUGUUUCUCACAACCUUUUACAAGGUUCUUUGCCAUCUCAGUUGUCAAAUUGUGGCAGAUUGGUAGAGUUCGACGUGGGGUUUAAUUCACUGAAUGGUUUGAUUCCAAAUGCUUUGACAAGCUGGAAACAGCUGUCAACUCUUAUUCUGAGUGAAAACCGAUUUACAGGUGGCAUUCCGUCUUUCUUGUUGGAACUCGAAAUGCUUUCGGAGCUGCAGCUCGGGGGAAAUCCGUUUGGAGGUAGUAUUCCUUCGUCGAUCGGAGCUAUGAAGAAUCUGAUUUAUGGCUUGAAUUUGAGCAGCAAUGGUUUGACUGGAGAGAUUCCGUCGGAGCUAAGAAAUCUGUUCAAGCUGGUUAGAUUGGAUUUAUCUAAUAAUAAUCUAACAGGGACUUUAAUAGUUCUUGAUGGAAUGGAUUCCUUGGUUGAGGUCAAUGUUUCCUACAAUCACUUCAGCGGUCCAAUACCGACAACAAUGAUGCGUUUCGUGAACUUGUCCCCAUCAUCUUUCCUCGGCAAUCCUGGGUUAUGCAUUUAUUGUCUUUCAUCAGGUGAGGAAACUUGUCCUACAAGCAAUUACCUUAAUCCUUGUAAUGAAAUGAAAAAUCAAAGGGGCCUUACCAAAUUGCAAGUUGCAAUGAUAGCCCUCGGUUCGUCUCUACUCGUUGUGGCACUCCUAGUUGUGGCUUCGACAUUCAUUUUCUGCAGGAUAGAAAAGCAAGAAAAUGAGAUCUGUGUCGAAGAAGGCGCAUCGACCUUAUUGAACAAAGUGAUGGAAGCUACCGAGAAUCUAAAUGAGAGGUAUAUUAUCGGCAGAGGAGCACAUGGAGUCGUUUAUAGAGCAUCAUUGAGUCCAGGGAGUGAUUUUGCUGUAAAAAAGAUCAAUGUAGCAAAGCAUAAAGGAGGAAACCGAAGCAUGGUUCGAGAGAUCAAAACUAUUGGGAAAGUUAAGCAUCGAAACCUGGUGAGAUUAGAAGAUUUUUGGUUGAGAAAAGAUUAUGGAUUACUCUUAUACAGGUACAUGCAAAAUGGGAGCCUACAUGAUGUUUUACAUAAUAAUAAUGAUCAUACAACAAAUGAGGCACAAAUCCUGAAAUGGAGUGCUCGGUAUAGAAUAGCACUAGGAACGGCUCAUGGGUUGGAAUAUCUCCAUUAUGAUUGUGAUCCCGGUAUAGUUCAUCGAGACAUCAAGCCGGAAAACAUCCUCCUCGACUCCGAUAUGGAACCGCAUAUCUCCGAUUUUGGAAUUGCUAAGCUCCUCGACGAGUCUGUGGCUUCAGAACCGUCGAUGGUAGUUGCGGGCACGGUUGGAUAUAUAGCUCCAGAAAAUGCAUUCAGAACAACAUGGAGCAAAGAAGCGGAUGUGUAUAGCUAUGGGGUGGUUUUGCUCGAGCUGAUAACCGGGAAGAGGGCAUUGGAUCCAUCAUUUAUGGGGGAGACCGAUAUCGUGGGGUGGGUCAGAUCAAUUUUGAGCGGCGAAAUCGAAACCGAAAUCGGGAGGAUCGUGGAUUCGAGGAUUGUGGAUGAGUUGGUGGAAUGGGAAGUGAGGGAGCAGGUUAUUGAUUUGGUUUUGGUAGCUUUGAGAUGUACUGAAAAGGAACCAAGCAGAAGACCUGCAAUGAGAGAUGUUGUGAGGCAGCUCUUAAACACCAAACACCCUAGAAAGUCUAAACGUCAGAGCUAAGAAAUUAGCUGGAAAUUCUACUUUUUGAUUAUCAUUCUCAUAAUUUGAAGGGAAUACUAUCUACGUUUUAAUUCAAUAAUGUCCAUUAGUCUCUA